CCUCCUCUAAUGACAAUAUAACCACCCACCAAAACAAAAACACCCCCUCUUCCAUUUUUGCAUUUUAUUAGCAAAAAAGAAGUUCCAUUACUUAAAAUAAACCUUUCUCUCUCUAAAACCCUCCUUUCUCUCUCUAAAACUCACUCCCUCUCUCUAAAAUCACUCUCUACUACAACCUUCUAAGUAAUUGCAUGGCAAUCAGCUUGUUAACCCAUGUGAUUUCUGACCUUUGCUUGGGAAAACCAGCACUAAAAUCACUUUCUGUCUCCUCCACAACAGUGGGUGAUGCACUGACCGCCAUUAAAGCUUCUGAAGAUAACUUCAUUAGCAUAUGGUCUUGUGACCACCAAAGAAAAUUAGGUGAUAAUCAUCAUAUUAUUAAUACUAAUAUUGUUGAUUAUCAUGAAAUUGGGUCAUGCAAAUGUGUUGGGAAAAUAUGUAUGGUAGAUAUCAUAUGUUUUCUUUGCAAAGAAGAAAAUCUGAAAUCUCCUUCAUCUGCUCUGCUUUCCCCUGUUUCUGCCAUUUUGCCUAAAGAUUCUGCCUUUAUCAAACACGUGGAUCCUUCUACUGGCUUACUGGAAGCAAUUGAUCUGAUUCUGGAAGGUGCACAAAACCUGGUGGUGCCCAUCCAAAACACAGCUAGCUCAAAUUCUAGAAGAAAACAGCUUAAGGUCAAAGGUCCAACGAUCCAUAACGGCAGGGAAUACUGUUGGUUGACACAGGAAGACGUGAUCCAGUUCAUCCUUAGCCGAAUUGGGUUGUUUACCCCAAUACCAGGUCUCUCACUCGAGGAACUUGAGAUCAUCCAAACCAAAGUUCUCACCAUCGACUACCACGCCCCAGCCCUCACUGCGCUUGAGGCCAUUGCUCAAUCAUUGGUUGAGCAAACAUCUGUUGGGGUGGUGGAUGAAGAUGGGGCCCUUGUUGGGGAAAUUUCCCCGUUUACCCUUUGUGCCUGCGACGAGACUGUUGUAGCAGCACUGAUGACCCUAUCCUCAGGCGACCUCAUGUCCUACAUUGAUUGGGGUGGACCUCCUGAGGAUAUUGUACGAGUCAUGAAAGAGAGUUUAAAGGAGAAGAGGCUAGAAGGGUUGCUAGAAGUGUUGGGUGAUGAGUACUCAUCAUAUUCUACCUCAUCAGCAUCCUCCUCGUCAGAUGAUGAGUCAUUAUGCUCCUCUUCGCCCACCUCAAGACUGACAAGAUAUAAUAGGUCAUGGAGCUACUCAGCUAGGAUGGUAAGGAAGGCGGAGGCAAUUGUUUGCCACCCAAAGAGCUCAUUGGCCGCAGUGAUGAUCCAAGCUAUCGCGCAUAGGGUGAACUAUGUUUGGGUCAUGGAGGAUGAUUGUACUCCAGUCGGAAUAGUAACAUUUCGCGACAUGCUAGAUGUUUUCCGGGAGUAUUUGCAGUCGAUGGUCGACGAAUGGGGUGCUUAGUGUUAAGUACAUAAUAAAGAUUAAUAAGACACGCCCACUCCUAUGGCUUCUUGGUUUAACACCCAACCAAAGCUAGAGUUGGUUUUGCUACCCGUGUUGAAUUUGAGAGGCUCGCCUUAAUUAGUAACUUAGCUUAGAGAGGAGUUGGUAUUUCUCAUUUUGAGUUUUGCACUGGACUUG